AUGUCUGAAGAUUCACCACACUUAUGUCUUCGCUCAUGCAAUUAUAAACUUUGGUGGUAUCAAGUGAAGUGUGGGUUUGGUUAUGAUGAUCGGAGUGACACUUACAAGGUGGUGUUAGUCCUUUCGAAUAUUAAGUCACAAAAUCGGGAGGUGAGAGUUCACCGCUUAGGUGACACUCAUUGGAGAAAGGUUUUAACUUGUCCGGCAUUCCCCAUUUCGGGAGAAAAAUGUGGACAACCUGUGAGUGGCAUUGUUAACUGGUUCGCAAUUCGCAAGUUGGGUUUUGAUUAUGAAUGGGAAACUGUCACCGUCGAUCAAUUAGUAAUUUUUUCAUAUGAUCUAAACAAGGAGAUAUUCAAAUAUUUGCUGAUGCCGAAUGGUCUUUCUCAAGUUCCCCGUGGCCCUGAACUUGGGGUAUUGAAGGGCUGCUUGUGUCUUUCUCAUGUUCACCGGAGAACCCAUUUCGUUGUUUGGCUAAUGAGGGAAUUUGGAGUUGAAAAUUCUUGGACUCAAUUGUUGAAUGUAACUCUUGAGCUUCUUCAAGCCCCUCUGCCCUGUGUAAUACUGAAGCUUCUGUGCAUCUCUGAAAAUGGUGAUGUCCUGUUGCUGGCAAAUUAUAUAUCUUCAAAAUUUAUUCUCUAUAAUAAGAAAGAUAAUAGAAUAGUCUAUACUCAAGAUUUCAACAACCAAGUGCCAAUGUCCUCCCAUGAUUAUAUUCAAAGCUUGGUUUUGCCAUAUGAAAAUUAA